CAUUCUCUCCAGGAAGAGCCACUAUUGAAACCAAAUCCAAAAAGAUUUGUGGUCUUCCCAAUUCAAUACCCUAAAAUUUGGGCCAUGUAUAAGAAAGCUGAAGCCUCAUUUUGGACGGUGGAGGAAGUUGAUCUGGCUGACGAUAUGGCAGACUGGAAUCGGCUGAAAACAGAGGAACAAAGCUUUAUCAAACAUAUCCUGGCAUUUUUUGCAGCCAGUGAUGGGAUUGUCAACGAAAAUCUAGUGGAACGGUUUAGCAAGGAGGUACAGGUGACUGAGGCUAGAUUUUUCUAUGGAUAUCAAAUAGCUGUGGAAAACAUACAUUCAUAGAUGUAUGCUCUCCUGAUAGAAACAUAUGUAAAGGAUAUAGAGGAAAAGAAUCAUCUUUUCAAUGCCAUUGAGACAAUGCCCUGUGUGAAAAAGAAGGCGCAGUGGACAUUGAAGUGGAUCCAAGAUCAGCGUGCCACUUUUGGGGAGAGAGUUGUUGCGUUCAUGGCAGUGGAGGGGAUAUUUUUCAGUGGGUCGUUUGCCGCCAUCUUUUGGUUGAAGAAGAGAGGAUUGAUGCCGGGAUUGACCUUCAGUAAUGAGCUGAUCAGUCGGGAUGAAGGCCUGCACUGCGAGUUUGCCUGUUUGCUCUUCCAACUUCUCGUUAAUAAACCUGAAAAGAGUAGGAUUUUAGAGAUAAUCACAGAAGCAGUCAAGAUAGAAAAAUAUUUUUUGUUGGAAGCCAUACCUUGUUCCCUUAUAAGUAUGAAUGGUGAUGUGAUGGGAACCUACAUCGAGUUUGUGGCCGACAAAUGGUUAACAGAGUUGGGUUGUCACACUCAUUUUGGCGAGGAAAAUCCAUCUCCGUUUAUGGAUCAAAUCUCGAUGGAAGGGAAGACAAACUUUUUCGAGAAGAGGGUGGGAGAGUAUCAGAAAGCUGGAGUAAUGGAUGGUCAGUCCCGGGAGUUUUCUUUAACUACUGAGUUUUAA